CUCAUCUCUCUUUUUCUUUCCAUUUGUUUGUGACAAAUUAAAAUGGAUGUUUAUAGCAUCAAAUCAUAUGCAUACUCAAAGAUAGAAAUGGAAGAUCCAGAGGAGAUAAAGAGCCGAAAAGCGCAAUUCUUGAUCUAUAAAUCUUUGGAAAAGGUAGACAGUUCAAUCCGAAAAAGCCGAAAACCGUCUUGGCUGAAAGUAAAGAUAUUUAAGCUAAAGAUCAAGGUUGGAAAGAAGAUGAAAAAAUUGAAGAAAAACUUGUUGGUUGUAAGUAGGUGUGGAGUUGCAAGAGUUGGUGUUCUUCAACAAUGGAAACGUUUGUUUACUGUUAGACAAGCAAUGCUCAAGAUCCCAACUGUAUUUUCUUCUAUUCAAUAAGCAAGCAUGUUCAUUUCAUUUCUUUUAAGUUUUGACUUUUUUUUUAUAUACAAAAAGAAAUGAAAGAUGAUCUCUUCACUGUUUUAUUCCGAAUUCCAGAUUCACCACUUUUGUUAAAAUUCAAACAAAUACUAUAUAUUUUUGUGUGUAA